GAGCAGCACUGAGAACAGGGAGGAACCUGAAGCUGGAAGAGUUCAGUCAGUUCAGACUCCAUUUAGAGUCGACAGAGCAGAAGGUGGAAAACUGAAGGCUGAGGCAGGAAGCAUCAGAAUCUUUCACUGUCUGAUGGAGAUGAACGAGCCCUCAGUACAUCAGGAGGUCCAAGAGUUCCUGAAGUCAGAGAACAGAUCAGAUAAUAAACUCCCUGAGGUCCACUGCUCAUCUCUGGUCUACAUGCGGCAGAUGUCAGAAGAGGUGCUGGAUGUAUUUAACCUGAGGAAAUACAACACAUCAGAGGAGGGACGACAGAAACUGAUUCCAACUGUGAGGAACUGCAGAAAGGCUCUACUUUCCGAUUGUAAACUCUCUGAGACUCACUGUGAAGUCAUUGCCUCAGCUCUGAAGUCCAACCCCUCCCAUCUGAGAGAGCUGGACCUGAGUUACAACAACCUGCAGGAUUCAGGAGUGAAGCUGCUGUCUGCUGGACUGAGGAGUCCAAACUGUAGACUGGAGACUCUGAGAUUGUGGAGCUGUGGUUUGUCACAGAACAGCUGUGCUUCUCUGGCCUCAGCUCUGAAUUCCAACCCCUCCCAUCUAAGACUGCUGGAGCUGAACUACAACAAGCUGCAGGAUUCAGGAGUGAAGCUGCUGUGUGGUUUUCUGGAGAGUCCACACUGCAGACUGGAGACUCUGGGAUUGUGGCUCUGCAGUUUGUCAGAGAUCAGCUGUGCUUCUCUGGUCUCAGCUCUGAAGUCCAACCCCUCCCAUCUGAGAGAGCUGGACUUGACUGGAAACUACCUGUACGAUUCAGGAGUGAGGCUGCUGUGUGGUUUUCUGGAGAGUCCACACUGCAGACUGGAGAAUCUGAGAUUGUGGCGUUGCGGUUUAUCAGAGAUCAGCUGUGCUUCUCUGGCCUCAGCUCUGAAGUCCAAACCCUCCCAUCUGAGAGAGCUGCAGCUGACUAACAAUGACCUGUAUGAUUCGGGAGUGAAGCUGCUGUGUGGUUUUCUGGAGAGUCCACACUGUAGACUGGAGACUCUGAGAUUGAGAGGCUGCUAUUUGUCAGAGAUCAGCUGUGCUUCUCUGGCCUCAGCUCUGAAGUCCAACCCCUCCCAUCUGAGAGAGCUGGACCUGAUUGAAAACAGGCUGCAGGAUUCAGACGUGAAGCUGCUGUCUGAUCUGAAGGAGAGUCCACACUGCAGACUGGAGACUCUGGGCUGGAGGUGAUCUCUGUCAGAGUGUGAGUGAUCAGAAAGGUGGAGGUGUUGAGAGAGGAUCAGCUGUGUCCUGAUGAUCCAGAGAGGUUGAAGCAGCAGCAUCAGCUUGUGUGUGGAGAGGCUCUGACUGGGCCAUGUUACUGGGAGGUAGAGUGGAGAGGAGAGCUUCAUCCAGCAGUGACUGACAGAGGAAUCCCAACAGUGCUGCAGUCUGAACUGCUCUGAGAUCAGCUCCCCUGUCAGACACAAAGUCAAGUCCACCGUCAUCCCUGUGUGUUCCUCUGGAUGUGACAGAGUAUCAUCAGUGGAUCUGGACUGCUCUGCUGCUGCUCUGUCCUUCUACACAGUCUCU